AAAAAUUGAAUAUCCAAUUAGAGUACAUUUGAAUUUGAAUUUAUCCAAUAACGGUAUUUGUUUAAUUAAAAAAUUAUUUACACGCUCUAUAAUUGGCUAGUUAAAACUUCCAAAAGUAUAUUUAUUUGCAAUCUACGCGUUGUCUAAUGCCAUUAGAAUUGAAGCUAUACUUAUCUUCGGAACCAUUAAAUGCGUGAAUAAACUAUCUGUCCGACAUUUAUUUCAUUCCCACUUAAUUAUUCAGUGUUAAAACGAAGAAAAUGGUCGAACACGAUUCUAUUUUUUAUUGUUACACGAGAAUGUAACCUACAUUUCUUUAUUAAAUUCUCGAUCAAUGGAAGGUUUAGUCGAAUUUCUUCAUAAAUGCUACCUACACCUCAUAAUUCACGUUUGUCUACCUUUAAAUUUUUUCUUGCUUAUUAAAUUAACUUCCUAGUUUCAAGCACAAUAGUAUCCAGUAGUGUCAAGGUGGGUAGAUACAGUUUAAGGGUCGAAGGCAGCAUCAACGGAGUUUUGGGAGGAUCCGGUUUUCAUAACGAAACGGAGUUGGAGUUUUCACCAAAUUUCCUGACCAUUCUCAUCCAAACCAACAAACUCGUGUACAAUCACGAACAACCCAUUCGAAUUCGUGCAGUGAUGCUGACAACAGAAUUAAAACCCUAUUCCGAUCCGGUUAAUAUUUAUUUGAUCGAUUCGAGGGGAUUCAUCAUGAAGAGGUGGGUGUCCGUUUAUCCGCAUUUGGGUUUCGUCAGCGUCAAAUUCGUUCUUCCUAGAGAUUUUCCCCACGGGUGGUGGACGGUGAGGAUCGUGGCGCUAGGCCAAGUGGAAGAGAAAAAAAUUCUUCUGGAACGUUGGUUCAGUCACAGGUACGACGUCAACGUCAUACUACCCGCCUUCGUACUGGAUUCGGAAGAAAACCUGGAGGGUUCUAUCAUGGCCAACCACACCAACGUGGCGCUGGUCCAGGGAAACGCCACCGUCAGAGCCUACGUGCGAUCCCUGAAGAAAUCCAAAGGAGACGACACGUUGCAGAAGGAUCUGUUUCUGCAAGAGAACGUCGUAGAAUUUUACGGCGUGUACGAUUUUAGUUUCCCCAUGAGAAGCCUGCAACAAUUGGCCGGCUCCACGCCUCUAGACCAGUGCGAAAUCGAGGUGCGAGCCAGCGUGGGAGAGCGUUUCUACGAUAUCGUGGUCACGGGUUACGCCAGAGCUCGUAUCAUCAACGACACCCUCAAUCUCUUCUUCCUCGGAUCUCAACCUCAGAUAUUCAAACCCGGAAUGACGUUCCAUCUGAGAAUCGCCGUUUCCUAUCACGAUUUCGUUCCCCUUUCCGAAGAAAGGUUGUCCACUUCCUCUCUUCUAAUCGAACCUAUGGCAAUAAUGGAACUGGGAGGUAGAAGAAGGUUGAGAGAGAUAGAAGAACACUUCGACUCUACCGGAGUUCUGGAAAUAUCCAUCGAGACUCCUCAAGAUGCCGAGAGAAUAGAAGUUUCGGCGAGAUACGAAGACGAGCAAGGGCGGGCUCAGACGUCGAUAACUCUAUUGGCACAUUACUCGGAACGCAAAAGAAACCUUCAGAUAACUUCCAGCACAAAACUCGCUCAAGCGGGAGAAUUCGCAGUUUUUCACGUCAGGAGCGAUUUCCACCUGAAAAGUUUCAAUUAUUUGGUCAUGUCCAAAGGCAUAAUACUUCAGAUGGGAAGCGAAAAAGUGGCGGGUCUUGUCAAGAGCAUCACUACUUUCGUGGUUCCCGUCUCGCCGGAAAUGGCUCCCAGUCUGUCCGUUCUGGUCUAUCACGUGACUAACGACGGCCAAUUGGUGGCCGACUCCAUGAUACUUCCCGUCAACGCCGUCAACAGAGUGCCGUUUACCUUGGACGUAAACAAAAAACAGGAUCGAACCGGUAACAUUAUAGAAUUGGUACCCAUCUUGAGCACGGAAGCUCGCGUGGGACUUUCGGGCGUAGACCUGGAUACGGUUUCUACUCAAGGAUACAACGAUCUCACUCCCUCUUCCUUGUUGGAACAAAUGUACAAGUUCGAGAAGCAUCACUUGCUUCGGCAACGCGUCUAUUGGCAAGACCGAGAAGGGGGACCCAGCAAAAUAGAAUACUUCAGCACGUCUAAUUACGGCACCGACACUAACAAGACUUUCGCAUUCUCGAGUCUGGUCGUAUUCACCAAUUUGAAUGUCGGAUCUCAUCCUCGUGCGUGUCUACAGACGGACGGUCUCUGCAGGAACGGCGAUUGUUAUCCCAGCGAUAGAAAGUGCGACGGUUACAGAGAUUGUUCGGAUGGUUCCGACGAAGCCGCAUGCGAGACCGAAGACGAGAACGAAUUGCUACACUUCUUCAUUUACAGAAAGAACAGACAGAACUCGUUCGUGGAUGCCACCGCCAGCGAUUUCGCCUGGCACGAUGUUCUUCUCGGCCAUCAGAAUAACGAUUUCGUGGAAUGCGAAGUACCCAAAGGUCCCAGCGUUUACAGGCUCAACGCCAUAGGAAUAAGUAAAUUGCACGGUUUGGUUAUACUCGAGGAUCCUCCUCUGCACGAUUCGGCCAGACCCUUCUUCAUCACCAUAGAAUCGCCGGAAGUGGCCAUCAUCGGAGAACAAAUAGGAAUCAAAGUGGCGCUCUUCAAUUUCCAACGCUUCGAAAUAAAGGCGGAAGUAAUUUUGGCGCCUUCCGACGACUACAAAUUCGUACAAGUGGAAGCUUUCGGUGUGGUGUCAUCGUACGGUCCCCGUUUGACUUCGGGAGAACACCAGCAUUUGGUUUACAUCAAACCGUACGGACAGUUUAUCGUCCACGUGCCAAUAGUGGCUACCAGGAAAGGAAAGAUCGAAGUGGUAAUCACGGGUAGAACACAAGUAGCUAAAGACGUCGUCACCAUUCCCAUGGAAAUUCUGCCCGACGGCGCUCCCGUGACCGUACACACGUCGCUCUUACUCGACAUGAGAUCCGAAGCCUACAACAUAAAAUACCUCAACUUGACGGUGGCGGAAGAUCCCAUAAUUCCUCUGGAGGAGACGUACAGGCGUUACCUUUUCGGGUCCGCCAGCGCCAGGGUGUCUGUCAUAGGCGACAUCGUGGGUGCACCUUUGCCCACGGAGGAUUUCGUGGACGCCACGGACGUCGGACACAGUUACUCGGUCAAGUCGGGGGAUCAAGUCUUGUUCAAUUUCGCUUACAACUUGUACACCUUAAUUUACUUGCGCCAGACCAAUCAGCUGCACGCUCCUAUCACCAAGAAAAUCUUGGAGUAUUUAAAUCGAGCCUACGUAUUCGCUUGCGUAUUUUACAAAGACAACGCAUUCACCAUGUUUAUGAAGGAGCCCAGCGUUUGGUUGACGGCCUACGCCGUUAGAAUUUUCCACUUAGCGCAAUACCCCGAUUGGGAAAAUAAUUUGUAUCUCGACCCCGAAAUAAUAACCAAGGCCACGAGAUACAUCUUGAGAAAACAGACCUCUCAGGGUUCUUUCUACGAGACCACUCUUCAUCCUUGGAACGGAAGAAUGGAUCCCAGGUCGAAAAGUUCUUUAGACCGCAUUCAGUACAAGAACAUCUCUCUGACUGCGCACGUGCUCAUCACUCUGUGCGAAGUUGACGAUCUCGUGGGAGAUUUACGAAUCGAAGUGGCUUCGGCCAAGAAGCGAGCCACUGCCUACCUAGAAACGCAGCUACCCGAUCUGAACCACCCCUACGAAGUGGCCAUUGUCACUUACGCUCUGAUGUUGGCGGGAAGCGCCGAUGCUCAAGUGGGAUUUUCCAAAUUGGAAAACAGCAAGUUGUCCGCAGAAGGUCUAGUGUAUUGGAGUCCGGAGAAGAUCCCUCCGCCGCAAAUGGUUUAUCAGAACCAGAGGCCUUUCCUGCAACCGCGUUUGCCUCGGAAGCACGACGCCAUGGCGGUGGAAGCCACGGCUUACGCUCUCAUGGUAUACCUCAACUACGGCGGUCUGUACCAAGAACAUAUCGUCAAAUGGCUCAACAGCAUGAGGAUGUUCGACGUCGGCUUCAUAUCCACUCAGGACACCAUAGUGGCCGUACAGGCUCUGGUAGAGUAUUCAUUCCGCACUCACAUACGAGAGAUCACCAACAUGAAGUUGACCGUAGAAUCUAGUUCCAACGCUGGAAAUAUCCAAACUGUUUAUGUCACCCAGAAAAAUUUGGCGCAAAGAAAGGAAAUUGAGAUCCUGCCUAACGUUUGGGGACACGUUGAAGUCCUGUCGCAAGGAUCGGGACUGUCCAUUCUGCAACUGGACGUAAGUUACAACGUGGAUCGCGAUUUCCUGAUGCUACCUUCGCCCGUUCCCGCUUUCGAUUUGACGAUAAGAGAGUUUUAUCAUGGAAGAAAUAAAUCGCACAUGAACAUAGAGUGUUGCGCCAAGUGGCUGUUGACUUCGGAGAGUCCUACCAGCGGAGUGGCGGUUAUAGAAAUUUUACUACCCACCGGAUACGACGUGUAUCGACCCACUAUGGACGACUAUGUCAGGAGCCAAGUAGUGCCCAACUUGAAGAGGGCCAGGGUACUACCUAAAACCGCAGUUUUCAUGUUCGAUUACUUAGGGAACGAAUGGACGUGCGUCAAGUUUACUGUCGAAAGAUGGUUUCCGGUGGCCAACCUCACCCGCUAUCUGAAAGCCAAAGUUUACGAUUAUUACGCACCAGAAUACAGUCAAGAAAUAAUAUUCGAAGACUACAGUCUUUACGUGCUGAGCAUCUGUGAAGUGUGCGGUUCCUAUCAGUGUCCUUACUGUCCCUACUUCAGUACUGCCGUAACAUUAACCUUUAAUUGGGGAACGGUUUUGCUAGUGGCACUUUUACAUCUCUUCUUUUGUAAAUACCCUUCGUGAUGCCACGAUUCUUUAACCUCGUUAACCCCAGGGAAUGCUCCGUGGUGUGUGUAUGUGUGUGUAUAUAUAUAUAUUUACACGACGUGUACUGUACAUAAAUUACGUUACGACCGUUCAUUGUCCAAAAUGAAGAAAAGUUGCGCGCGGUCGUAAGUCAUGCCUCCAUGUCCCAAGUGUAAAACUUGGUUUUUAAAUUUUACACAUUUAUUUAUAGAAGAAGCGUUAUUUUGCAAAUUAUUAUCAUCGACUUUUUAUUAAAUUUGUAUAUAAAAAGCGGCCUGUGAAGUUCUAUUUCAAUCUGUUAAAAGUGCACUUUUUAAUUUUUUUAUACUUUUUUGAAAAUAAAAUUUAUUUGACUUUUGAAAUUACUCGGAGUAGUUUCUGAUUUGUUUCAUUUUGUACUGCUACGACACAAACUUAAAACAUUAAGUAAAAAGCUACAUCCGCCCUGUAGCGUGUCAGUUCUGUAUGACAAAAAACUAAUUAGAAUGCAAUUCACACGAUAAUUUCAGCAUAACUAUAUCAAAUAUUCCCAAAAUUUCCUGUAGCGUGGAGCAAUUAAAUUACUUAUUGUAUUUUGUAGAAACAAACUGACCAAAUAUGCAAAAGCAAAAAUUUAUUUAAAAACAAAGAUAACUGCCUAAAUUAAAAGUCAGAAGUAUAAAGUAAUUUACAAUUAAGAUCAAUUUUUUCAAAGGUAAGAUCUGAUAAGUUAUACAAACCCUUUUUGUUUUAUUUACAAUAGCAGAAAACUUUUCGAAUGUUUAACGUAAUUUACCAUAAUUUCGUGCCAAUAACCUGCAUGGGUGUAUUACACUCAACUAAACAUUGUUAGAACUGAAAUACUCCUUCGAAUAACACGCUGAAAUACACCUUCGAAUAA